GGACAAUUGUCUCGGUUAUUUAGAGAGCGCUUCCCGAAAGGUUGAGCUAUCUGAAGAUGGGAGAUUCUGUUAUUGUUGGCGUUAAGGGGUCCUUAAAUCAUGUUUGGUUGUCCGCAAAUGAGCUGGGCAUUUUUAAAAAGUGUAAUGUUACAGCUUCAUCCAGUAGCGAUGAUUUAGUGAUCGAGGAGGUUAGGUGGGGAACAUCAAUGUACAAUGAUGAGUUUAUGAGACGCUUUGCCAAAAGUUCUUACGGUAAGUCAGUAAACCUUGCGAUAUUAAUUUUUUAGAGAUAUUUGCAGCUCUCCAAAAGAAUACUGACCAAAACUUUGUUCAGUACAGAGGUACUUUAGCUGCAUGUUCAAAUGAAAUCUCAACAUUUUUGAGUAAGAAUAAAAUAAUAAUUUUUUCAGAAUUUUUCGAUGACAUUGGUGAUGCCAGGUUAAUGCAUCUUACUGCUCAAGGUAAUCUUAUUCAAACGUUUGAGCUUCUGUGGCAUCUUGCUGAACUGGUUUUUAUUCAGGUUUCACCGUCCGGAUAUUUGGCUCUUAGUCUUUGUAGCUGGUUCUACUUACAGUCUCAGGAAGCAGCUAAUUGCGCUCGAGAAUUUCUAGAGGCUGCAAACAGAGAACAAACAAGUCAUGUUCUGUUGCGUGACAAAUUGAAUAAUCUAAAGUCCUUUGAAACUAACAAACACUUUUGGCCGACGGUUUUAAGCUUGGUUUUGCAGGCAAAAUGCCAAGAAGCAGCGGGUCUACUCGUUUUGCAUUCUAAUUCCAACGGCCGUGGUCUUCGAAGUCUGCGUCAGCUUCUUGCAUCUAUGCCCAUCGCUUCUCGUGCUGAAAAAGAAGGUACGUGGGCUGAGUUUGGUGUUCAGUUUUCACAAGCUUGGAAUUACUGGCAAGCAGAGUGUGAACACAGAUUAUCAUCGGGAGAAUUCGAUCAUGUUGGUGGCGAUACAACUUCAGUCGACUAUAUUAGACUAAUCGUUAACAUUUUAUCCGGUCGUACUUCUGUUUGGGAUGAUCCGCGAAUCUUGGAAGUAACUAGAGGUCCGCGUGGAUGGUUCUUUCGUUUUGUUUCGUUUGUUUUCUACACUGAUCAACUGGUGACUGUUGAUGGUCUAAGUAGCGAUCUUGAUCGGUGGUUAGCUUUGACGUCAAAAGGUAAUCCUGAGCCAGGCUCGAAUUUUGACCAGUCCGUUGAUGCUUUGAUCACGAGCAUUUUUCGUGUGGAUAUCUUUUCGUUUGUUCGUAUAUCAAGUGAGAAACUGAGUAAUUGGUGGUUUGUUACGCAUUUUACAAAUCUUCUGAGUCAUAUCUAUCCGGGUGUUUUAAAUGAUCUUCAAGGCGCACGUAAACAUGAUGAAAUGUCUAUAGAUUCGUUUACAGAGAUUAGCCAUAAAUCUUCAUUGGUUGAAUUUUUUCUUUUGGGUUAUGCGGAGUCAUUGGCUUCAGAAUCUAGCCUACUACCUAUUGCACUUGGAUAUUUAGAUCAUUGUAAAUCUGGGCGUGCACUUCAGUCAGCAUUAAUAUUAAAACAUGCUGUUCCAGUUUCAACUAGAGCGACAAAUUGGUUCAUCAGUCAAGCCAAAGUUAGAGGAUUACACUCCACUUCUGAAGAACUUGCCAAGUUAAAUUGUCGUCGAUAUUUAAGUUUGUCGUUGCAUUCCAGUGAGAAUUCCAGCCAUACUAUAUCUCGGUGUGUUCCAACCUGCAUUGCUGUAGGAUGGGCUCUACUUGCACAUGAUUAUCCUAUUGUCAGUCGGUUAGCAGAAAUUUCUCUUGCUAGAGAUUGUGGAUUUACCAAUAAAGAUAUAUCAGAUGGAGAUCGGAGAAUCUUUCCACCUGCAUCUACAGAAGUGGCUGAGUUGGCUGCAAUAAUAUUGGGAUUUUGUAGAGGAUCAUCAUUCAGUGAACCAUCAAGUAACAGUGCGAAAACAACAGAAAUUAGUCAUCUUCAAUUAUCACCAGAAUUAGCUUUUCUAGUCCGUUAUGCUGAACUUCAACAGUGCUUUAAUGAUGGUGACUGCGAAGGUGCAGUUGAUCGACUUAUCGACUUAUUACUUACUAGUCCUGGUGGUUCACUCAUUUACAAUUCUAAUGAUCAAAAUUCGAUGACUUCAUCUUCGGGUGCGGGUUUGCGUAUACCGACUUGUCUCAAAGUAAGACUACUUGGUGAGGUAAGACAUUUAUUAGGGCGAAAAUGCUUGCGUCGAGAUCAAGUUGAAGUGCUGAUUACUGCUCUGGUUGAAUUAAGAUCAGAUUUGGAUAUGAAUCUUAACAAUUCAAGUGCUAGCAAUGAUAUGCACUCAUUACUAACAACAAUUCAUAUAUCUCUUGCUAGAGAAUUGGCGUCAACUUUUUUCACUACUUGUAGCAGCAUUCCUUUAACUCCAUCUUUGUCACCGAGCAGUGCAGUUAGCGCAACCUGGCAUUAGCUCUCUCUGCCUUCGUUUCUAUUCAUUAUUUCACGUCACUUUUUAAAGGGAACCCUACGCAUUUAGGAUUUUAUAUUUCUAAUACUUUUGCCAAGUUAUCUUGAAAAAUUUUACGAUUUUGUUUUAUUCUGAAUUUAUUGUACUGUAUUAAAAUAUAUGGAUAAUUAUUUUUGCUAUUUUCUUAGUUCCUUCUGGUCAACUGUCUUACAUAUUCAUUGACUUUGUAGUAAUUUCUACUAUUUUACUGUGCAUGAUGAUGUGAUUUGUGGCAUACUUCACGAACCAGCUUUCGGUUAAAGAAUCGCGUUUGUCUAUUUCAAGUACUUCACGUUUUAUUGAGAUUGUGAUAUCCUUAACUGUUUUAUGUUGUAAGCAUUAAGUAUAACUAUGCCAUCGGAUGGAAGUUAGUCAGGAAGUUAAUACUGACUUUUGAGUUGUUGGUCCAUAUAAAAUAUAUGACCAGUCAGAAAGCCGAUUA